AUGUUAAACAACAUUCUCAUAUUGUCUCUUCAGAUAAGCCUCCUAAGAACCACUCUUGGUGGGAAUGUUCUAAUUUGGCCAAUGGAAGGUAGUCAUUGGCUGAAUAUUAAGAUAAUUAUUGAUGAGCUCAUUGAAAAAGAGCAUAAUGUGACUGUGCUGGUUGCAUCUGGUGCACUUUUCAUUAUGCCGACCUCUAACUCAUCUCUGACAUUUGAAAUGUAUAAGGUGUCCUUUGGCAAAGAAAGAAUAGAAGGAGUGAUCAGGAACUUUGUUUUGACAUGGCUGGAAAACGGACCAUCUCCUUCAACCAUUUGGAGAUUCUAUCAGGAGAUGGCCAUAGUCAUCGAGGACUUCCACAUGGUGUCUAGAGAGAUCUGUGAUGGUGUUCUUGAAAACCAAAAGCUGAUGGAAAAGUUGAAGAAAAGGAAGUUUGAGGUCCUGUUAUCAGAUCCAGUGUUUCCUUGUGGUGAUAUAGUAGCUUUAAAACUGGGAAUUCCAUUUAUGUACUCUCUGAGGUUUUCUCCAGCCUCAACAGUGGAAAAGCACUGUGGAAAAGUACCAUACCCUCCUUCCUACGUUCCUGCUAUCUUGUCAGAACUCACCGACCAGAUGACUUUCUCUGACAGAAUCAGAAAUUUCAUCUCCUACCAUCUGCAGGACUACAUGUUUGAAACUCUUUGGAAAUCAUGGGAUUCCUACUACAGCAAGGCUUUAG